CAGCUUAAGAUAAUAUGAGACCAGAGGACUUCGACCACCGAUUCUGAAGAGUACACGCUGGAAGUCGGGACCUGAGCCAAUAUAACAGGACUGUACAGAGUGGAUAAAGGACUCAUUUCCUAACAAGGAUGACAGAAGUGGAGUGAAGUGGAAAAACGAGGAAGAAGAAAAGCAAUAGAAACAUACAGCAAGCUGGGAGAGAUACACGCACAAAGCUUGUGGCUGGAGCAUGAGUAUCUGCAGCUUUCUGGAAAUGAAACCUCAGAUCUUUUACUUUCAGUGCAAGCAGCAAAUUCAAGUAGUACAGAAGGUCAUGACAGCCAAGGUUAUUAUAACCUGUUUCUUUAAAGGAUAUCCUGACUGAAAAGAUAUUUAAGGAGCUAUCCUGUUUCAACAUCAGUAACUAUUAAGGAAUAAGGAUCAGAAUUCUGGAAGAGGAAGCAAUCUCAAUUAAACCAAUCUACAACUCGCUGUAAAGACAGAAGGCAGGUCAAUGACCUAGGAGCAACGAUCUACUUGAGAUUUAAUUUUCAUUAUGUUGUUCAUGAACACCCAGAACACCGCACUAUAAUGCACAAAUGGAUACUGACAUGGAUCCUGCCAACUUUGCUCUUCAGAUCAUAUUUUUACAUUAUCUUUUUAGUGGGCACUAUAUCUUUAGCUUGCAAUGACAUGACUCCAGAGCAAAUGGCUACAAAUGUGAACUGUUCCAGCCCUGAGCGACAUACCAGAAGCUAUGAUUAUAUGGAGGGGGGGGAUGUAAGAGUGAGAAGACUUUUCUGUCGAACUCAGUGGUAUAUGAGGAUUGAUAAACGAGGCAAAAUAAAAGGGACACGAGAAGCAAACAACAACUACAGUAUUCUGGAAAUAAGAACAGUGGCAGUUGGAGUAGUGGCAAUCAAAGGUGUGGAAAGUGAAUACUUUCUAGCAAUGAACAAGUCUGGAAAACUCUAUGGAAAGAAAGUAUGCAAUGAGGACUGCAACUUCAGAGAACUGAUUGAAGAAAACCAUUACAAUACUUAUGCUUCAGCAAACUGGACAAACAAAGGGAAAGAGAUGUUUGUGACAUUAAACCACAAAGGUGUCCCUAUGAAAGGUAAAAAAACAAAGAAAGAACACAAAGCAUCCCACUUUCUUCCUUUGGCAAUAUCCUAAUCAUAUAUGAUCUAUAGAGAACUAGUUCCAGCAGGAAGAUUAUUUUUAAGAAGACUGAACAAGUAAUCAAGAGAGGCUGGAAUACUACUGAAAAACUGAACAAGCUGGACUUGCGCAUUUAUGUUUAUUUUAAAGAGACUUCAUUAAAAAGAUUUGAAAAUAUACACAAAAUCAGAUUUAGUAACUAAAAGUUGUAAAAAAUUGUAAAGAGUUGUACAAUCAUUAUGUUAGUAAUAGUAACUGGGUAGUUUCUUAAAUUAAUUUACCCUUAAGAGUAAGUCAUGACUUGAUUAUCUGAUGAUAUUUUAUUUAAAAAACCUAUCUGCUUAUUAAACUUGGCUGCUAUAAUAAUAAUAAAGCAGAUGAUAAUGUUAUGUAAAAUAUGUCGGACUUUAAGGCUGCUGGAAUGAUUUGUCAGAUUAUCAAGUCAAAUACUAAACGUGGAGAUUGAGCAGUAUUUUAAAUAGUUCCCAGAGAAACUGAUAAACUAUACAUAAACUAGGAUCAGAAAAAACCUUAAAUCUUGUAAAUUUGUUACUGUCAUAUUCCAAUUAAAAAAAGCUUGUUUGGAAAAUUAAGGUUGCACCACUACAAAAUGUCAAAUGUAUUAACAAGAACAAAUACCUAAUGCUGCUCUAAAAGAUGUUUCAAAAUAGUGUAUGUAAAAUAAUAGGAAUAGGGAAUAAAUAAAAAUGUACUUCAUCUCACUUUCCACAAAAUAACAUUUUAUAUAACGACGAAGUAAAAAUUCAGACAUCUUAAGGUUUUUUAUGUAACAUAACCUAUCUUUUGUAUAAUUCCUGUUAGGGCAUAUGGCUUUUAAUAUUGUUUUUCCACCGUUAUUCAUGCUUUUUCUCUUGUUACAGCAUUAAACUUUAUUUUAAGUUAUAUUUGAACUUUAUUGUUCUAAGUUAUUUAAGUUGAUGUUAUUUAUAAAAAAAACUUAUUAAGCUGCAUCUGUUUCAUAUGCUUUUAAUUCUAAAGGAAUAACAAAAUGGUCUGGCUGAGCUGCAUUGGUUUUUUUCUAUGACCAGACACAAAGUCUAGUACACAACACUCUUGCCAAUGUGCCCUGGAUGGCAGACAAAAAUGACAGCCUGCAGCAAUUCUUACAAAUGAAGUCUCACAGGGAACAACCCAAAAAUGUAAAAAAUCUUUUGCCACAUACUCCUGCCAAUUAAGUUUGAUAGUAUUCCCAGAGUUACAGCAGAUAUAGUAAGGAUGUGGAUAUUGGGCUACAUCCUCAGUUGGUAUAAAUCAGCACUGAGUUCUAUGGAGCUACACCAAUUUACACCACCUGGGGAAAUGGUCCAGAAAAUCUAGCCAAUAACAAUGAAACCUCAUGACACUAGAGAUUUAAAUCCUCUAUCCACAGAUGUAAAGCAAUAGUUCAAUAAACUAUUGCCACAUGAAUAGUUCAGUGUCUCUACUUUAAUUCAUGCCCUCGCUCUUCAGUCUGGCAACAAAUUUGCCAGUUAAUAUUAUACGAGUACUUGUCUGCUAUAGGAAAUGGACAGAGAUCACCAAAUAAUUACACUAAAAAGCAGCUGUUAGAUGAUCACCAUUAACCUCAGAUAGAUUCAAAGCAGUUUCCAAUGGAGUUAAAGCUCAAUUUUCCGCUACAGACUCUUGAGCUGCAUCUACAAUAGGGCAUUUGCCAGUAUAGAAAUGUUUUUUUAAAAAAAAUCACACCCUUAACCAACAUUACUGUACUGGCAAAAGUUUCUAGAGCAGACCAGGCCUAGGUUAAUCAAGUUUUGAAAGCAAAAAAUGAAACCCCACUAACAUUGUUUGUGUUUAGCUACUCUAUUGAAGCUGGAUUUAAAACGCAACCAUAUGCCAACAUGCUUAAAAUUAAAUCCAGAAUCAGAGUUGGCUUUUCUAAAGAUCUUAUGAUUAGGUAAUUCAAACAAAGAGCAGUAAGAUCAAAUGUUUCUUAAACUUUGUUGAUCAUUUUUAUUUGCACUUUUUGAUAUUUGCCUUGCCUAUUCGGCUGACAUUGUGAUACCUUGAACUAUCUGUAUAAGAUCAAGGAUCAGAAGAGGCUGAAUAUCUAUGUUCAUGUUGCAAAGAAGACUGCCGGCUUAUAAGGAAAGAUGAUCAAGAUCAAACAAAAACAUUUAAAAUCAUUGCAAUGUAAUUAACAGGCCAGAUCGUACUCCCUUUGAUCCAUGCAUAGAGGAUCAUUCACACACGGAUCAUCACCUUUAUCUGUGGAGGGAAACUACCUAGCCCAAUGUUUGUUAAAUGUUUGAAUAUAAAAAGUAUUAUAAAAUGAUAAAUAUUAUUGGCAUGGAGAGGUGAAACGUCAUUUUUCUAUCUGGACUAGCCUACCUGUUUGAUUUUAAGGGAAUUCUGCAUGUGAGGUUGCUGUAGAAUGAAGCAGUGUGUCUGCUCCAUACUCACAGCCACUGCUCUCAAUCAGAACCACUGGAUACGUGCACUUUUGAAAAUGUGGCCAUGCCAUUUAGGUGCCUAAAUAGGAGAUGAGCUCUUUUAAACAUAUGGACCCAUAAGUAAUUUCAUACUCAUACUUUUGGAAGAGACGUAUUGUAAAUUCUCAGUUAUUAGAUUUGCUUCUCUAAUCAAAUAAAAUUAGAUUUUAAAAUUAAUACUAUAAUUGCAGUUACAUUUAAAAAAGAUUUUAAAUCACUGACUAAUAAUUAACUAUUCUGGAUCAGAUUGUGCCCCCAAGAUCUUCAUGGAUAUCUUUUCCCCUCUUGUGAUUGGACUAGUGUUAGGUAUAGGUGGAGCCGGGUAGAUGCACACUGUCCCCUCACCAGUUCUACAGGUGCACACAAACCUCACCCUCCCAGAUGGCAUGAUUAAAGACAAAGUGGCCAAGGUGAUCCUUGCAGAGUUUAUUUUCCCUUAGCUCUGUCCCACAAGGUUUACUGUGUGGAGAGAUCCAGUCCUCUGUUAUUUGAAAUCAACUUACUUAAAAUGAUUUUCUGUAAUAUUAGUGCUCAUGUAAUUUAAAAUCUUUCCUGUCUUUUCCACUAAAAGAAUAGAAUUAGAUAUGUUCCAAGGACUAUGAUAUAUAUUUAUGUACUAUUGCUAACAUUUUCCUGACAUUAAUGUGUAGAGAGCAUCCCAUGAAGUUCUCAAUUCUAUCCAAGUUCAAGUGCUUUAUAAAACACAUCGUUAUUUCAAAUUCAUUUGUACUUUAGCAAUAAGAGCCAAAACUAUCAAACCAUCUACUAAAGAACAAAUCUGACUACUCAAAACUAAUUUACCAGAAUAAGUAAUCUAAGUUAGUAUUUUUAUUCUACAGUACAAAAUAGACUUUUGGAACCAACCUUUAAUCAAGGGUCAGUGAUAACACAUACUAAGAACUUUGUUCUCUAUAGUGGUGCACAUACAUGAUGUAUGGAAACUUGAUGAGGUUAAAAAAAAGUCUGUGCUGGGUAACCAGGAUCGUUACCAGGAUGCCAACAUUUAUGAGAUGCCAUUUGUACCUAUCAUCCAAAUUACUCUGCCAAACCCCCUAAUGCAUCCUCAUAUGCUGCUGAAUUGGUUCUGCAGUAGACAGAAGUGCUAUGUUGCCUCCCUAGGUGGAGCUAUGGUAAUUGAAGAUGUUUUAGUGCUUCAAAAGAGCUCAGCAGAAUAUAAGCUGUCUGAAAGGAGUCAUAUAUGGGAGUGACAACAGGGAAUCACAGAUAAGAUAUAAGUCAGAGACAAUGGGUAAAAAAAAGUGAUAGUUUGUGCAAAGAAAAGGGAAGGGAAAUACAGCAUGUUAUGGGGGAGGAAGGGAGAGAGAUAGCUCAGGUACAAAGGGAAGGAAAGCGUCUACACAGGUGGAAGAAGAAAACAACAAUAAAGAGGGGGGGGAAGGUCUGAGAUUAUGGGCGAGUAGAGAAGAAAUAAAUAAAGAAACAAGGGUUAACAGAUAUAACCAGAAAAAAUAGAAGAUGGAUAAAAUGGAAGAGGAAAAGAACAAUAAAACAGAAAUAGAGGAAUAAGAGGGAUAAUAAAGGAUCAGAUCCUCAGGUGGGCUGUGGUCACUUUGUGCUGUCCUGCUGUCAUACUUUGGAUGCAAAAGCUGAGUAAGUGGUUCAGGGAGGAUCACCCCAAUUGCAAGGGUGAUCCUGUAGCAGCAUAGAGUUAGCACAAGGCCUUAGAUUCCGCACUGCUCUCCUUGCUGUAAACUUAGCAGAGAAGAGCAGUGCGGUUACUGAAAACGGGCCAUGACUGGGAAAUCACUGUUAUGCCUUUCUCCUGGGUUUGGCCUUCAGCUCCUUAUGGCCUUUACAGGCCAGUGUAACUUAGAACAGUCCUUAGGUUGCUCUAACCCAGUGCAUAGUGGAAAGCAUGCACAGUGAAGCACAAAGAUCAGGGCAGCACAAAUGGGAACUUUACACUGUCUCCUAACUUCCAUUCGAUAUUAUGCAAGUAUCUAAGGAUCUGAUCCUGAAAAUCCAUCCCACAAGAAAAUAUACAUCUUGUCAGUCUCAAACCUGAAAAAUGAGUUUGGAUGUUAGAAAGUGACAGAGGUAAUUAGCCAAAACUGACCAAACCAAAGGUAAGAUGAUCCUAAAAAUGUAAAGAUAGAAAGACAAAGGAAAAGAAGAAGGAAUGGCUGUCAGAUUUGUUUUGGUAUUAAAAUAUUUCCAAUUUACUCUUUUUCAAAUAUUUUUGAAGACAAUCCUCACAUCAAUCCCAGUAUACAAUUGUAUUGUAUACAAGUGGGGUGCAAACCCUUCUGUCAGCCCAGCUGCUUCCCUUGCCAUCUAUUUUUCCACUCCCACUUCUGGCACCUUUUCAAAUUAAAUUAAGUGCAGUUCUAGUAAAUGUAUCUAUCUGUAGUUCAGUGCUUUGCUGUUGAACUGCACUAAGAACCCAAGUUGACUACCAACACGCAACUAAAUAUGGCUACCUACUUGUUAUUACACAAACACCUUCCAGAACUACUAGCUGGUGCACAACUAAUUCCAAGACAAUUGUUCCAGACUGCACUGAACUUCUAUUGGCAGCAGGAACUCUAUAUGUAAGGGAGGGGAAGGGAUGGCUAAGUUUGACCAAAGAUUGCUCUUAAAUAGAGACUAAUAGACCAAAAAAUGGGAACUAACUGUUGUCAAUAGUAUCUCACCAGGCACUGAAAGUAUGAGUAUGCUGUUAAUAUAUCCCAGAAUUAUAUUUGCCUUUUUCGCAAUUGCAUCACAUUGUUGACCCAUAUUCAAUCUGUGAUCCACUGUAACUCCCAGUACUACUGCCUUGCCAGUUAUUCCCCAUUUUGUAAUUGUGCAUUUGAUUUUUCCUUCCCAAGUGUAGUACUUUGCAAUUGUCUAUAUUGAAUUUAAUCUUAUUGAUUUCAGACUAGUCUUCAAUUUGUCAAGGUCAUUGUGAAUUCCAAUCCUGUCCUUCAAAAUGCUUUCAACCCCUUCCAGUGUGAUGUCAUCCACAAUUUUUAUAAGCAUAUUCUCCACUCCAUUAACCAAGUCAAUAAUGAAAAUGUUGAAUAGUAUCAAACCCAGGCCCGACCUCUGUAGGUCCCCAAUAGAUACAUCCCCCCAGUUUGACAGCGAACCAUUGAAAUUACUCUUUGACUAUGGUUUUUCAACCAAUAGUGCACCCACCGCAUAGUAAUUUCAUCUAGAUUAUAUUUCCCUAGUUUGCUUUCUAAAAUCAAGACAACUCACAUCUACUGUUUCCCCAGUAUCCACUAGAUCAGUAAUAAAAAAAGGAAAUUAGCUUGUUUUGGCAUGAUUUGUUCCUGACAAAUCCAUGUUGGCUGUUAUUUAUCAUCCUAUGAUCCUCUAGGUGCACCCUGUAGCCCAGUGAGCUAGCUUGCCUUUAUUAUAUUCACUGCUUUGCAUUAUAUUCUGCUUUGAUGUGAUGGUGAUGGGGAAGACGAUGGAUAAUAUUUCAGGUUGUUCUACAAGGGAAGGUGUGAGUAUAUGGAUGUGCAGAUGGACAUUCUGUAGUAGCUCUAUCUACCUUACUAAGCUGGGGUGUUUGUGACUGU